AUGGAUGUGUUUGCCUCGCAUCCUGGGAUGCAGCUUGCCGGCAGCAGCGCAGGUGUCCUUGCGCUGCCAGCCGCAGGCUUGCGAAAUCAGACGCUUGGGAGCCCGCCCUGCGCCGAGCAAAUAGGCCCGGAGGUUCAGAUCUUCAGUUCUUCGCUGGGCGCCAUGGGAUCCCUUCUUGCGAAGCUCCGUUCCCUGCUGGUCUCUGCAGAGGAUCAGCUGCCAGAGCCGUUGAAGUCACAGAAGGACAGGCUCGAGCUCCUCAGACAAGAUCUCGAAGCAAUAAACACCUUCCUCGUGAAUCUGUCAUGGGUGGAAACUCCCAACAUGAUGGUGAAGCACUGGAUGAACGAGGUGCGUGAUCUGUCCUACGAUAUCGAGGAUUACAUUGACAAGACGAUGCACCCCGGCCACAUUUCUAGGGAAGAGCCUCGUUCUGAUUCUGAGGUGGAGGAAUUAAGCACUCUCGUGAAGCAGGCCAAGGACGCCCACGAACGGCACAACAGGCUGGUUCCAAGGCUCGACGGGGACGCCACAGAUCUUGUUGGUAUCGAUGAUUCCAAGGCUGAACUUAUCAAGAGGCUUAACAUUGACGCCGAACAGAGGCUAGUAAUAUCCAUACAAGGACCUCCAGGUGUUGGUAAGACUACACUUGCCAAACAAGUGUACCGUGAAGUGGAAGGACAGUUCGAGUGUCGAGCUUUUGUUCGAGCCUCAAAGAUGCCUGAUACAAGGAGGCUUCUCGGUAACAUCUUCUCCCAAAUCCAGGGCCGCCAUCAAAGACCCCCUCAUGGUCUCCCCGUGCAAGAGCUCCUUGACAUCCUAAGAACACAUCUCCAACAAAAGAGGUAUUUCAUUGUAAUAGAUGGUUUGUGGGAAACAACAUCAUGGGAUAUUGUUAUCAGCGCAUUUCCAGAGGACACUCAUUGUAGCAGAAUAUUAAUAACUACAGAUAUUGAGGAAGUAGCUCUGGAGUGCUGUGAUUAUGAACCCGAUGCUAUUUUUAAGAUGGAGCCACUUAGUGGAAAUUACUCCACAGAAUUGUUCUUCAAUAGACUGUUUGGUUUUGAACAUGAGCUCUCUAAACAAUUGAAGGAAAACUCAGAAGAAAUUAUAAGAGCAUGUGGUGGUCUGCCUUUCGCGACCAUUAGCGUAGCUACCAUUUUAGCUGGCCAACCAGAUAACUUAGAGCUGUGGCAACAUGUCAAAGAAGCAUUAUUUUCCAGAUUGGGAUAUAAUAAUCUUACUUCGGAAGUCAUGCUAAGAGAAAUAAUAGGUCUGAGCUGCAAUAGUCUUCCUCACCAUUUGAAGACAUGUCUGCUACAUCUUAGUAUGUAUCCUGAGGGUUCUACAUUCUUGAAGGCUGACUUGGUGAAACAAUGGAGUGCCGAAGUUAUUAGGACCAUGUCCAUAGAAGAGAACUUCAGCACUGUGAUAGACUACUCCAAUACCAUCUCAGAGCUUUCUGUAAAGUUUGAGGUACUUCGAGUUCUUAUUCUUGAAGUUUGGGGUGACAAAGAAGAGGUAGACCUCAGUGGCAUCGAUAGAUUGUGUCAGCUGAGGUACAUGCGGAUUACGUCUAACAUCAAUGUGAGACUACCAGCCAGGAUGAUUGGACUGCCAUAUUUGCAAACAAUGGAAAUUUAUGCAAGAGUAACUUCUAUUCCAUCAGAUAUUAUCCAUCUCCCCAGAUUGCUGCACCUCUGUGUACAUGGUGAGAUAAAUCUGUCCUAUGGUAUUGGUCACACGAGAUCUCUGCGCACACUUCAGUCUUUCGACCUCAGCAGUAACUCUGCAGAUAGUAUAUGGCAACUUGGUGAGAUGAAGGACCUGCGUGAUCUUCAUGUCACCAGUGCUACAGAAAUGUCUGACCCUCUGAAGAAGUUGAUAGCUUUCCUUUUUUCCUUUGGGAAACUUGGCAAUCUAAAAUCUAUAAUUCUUGCUCCUGCUCCUGCUGCUUCAUGCACAAACAUUUACUUGGAUUGCUCAUGGAGCACAUCUCCUCUGUCCAUCUUCAUUCAGAGACUUGAGUUGUUGCCGCCCUUUUGCAUCUUUUCAAGACUCCCUGUAUGGAUUGGACAGCUCCGGAAGCUAUGCAUUUUGAAAAUUGUUCUUAGGGAAUUGACGACUGGUGAUGUUGACAGCAUCGCCCAAUUACAGGAACUCACCAUUCUCUCUCUGUAUGUCAGGCAACCAACCGCAGAACAGAUUGUCUUCCAUCGUGCAGCAUUUCCUGUUCUUAAGUUUUUCAAAUUCAGAUGUGGCAUUAUGCGCAUUGCUUUUCAGCCAGAAGCAAUGCCUUGGCUUCGGAGUCUGAAUCUUGAAUUCAAUGCCCACAGUGGAGAGCAAAAUGGUAAUAUGCUUGCCAGCAUUGAACACCUGUUAAACCUCCAAGAGAUCACUGGCCGAAUUGGGGCAGCACCGGGUGCAGAGGAAUCCGACAAAAUAGCUGUGGAAUCUGUGUUCAAGGAUGCCAUUAGCAAGCAUUCAAGACUUACAAACUUCAACCUACGAAUUGUGGGUUUGUUUGACGAAGAGUACGUGCCUUCCUUCUCCCUGUAA